CGUGUUACUGUACGUAGGGCACAUGUAAGCGCACAGUUGUGCAACUCCUUCUGGGUAACGGUAGUUGUCCUGCACGUUGACAUUGGUGCGGUAUCCUGAGAGAGGAACCUCCUGGGCUCACUUCGCAAACAGACAGAGCAGGAUGGGAGCCUCCAUGUCUACACCUGCUGCUCCCACAGUGAGGGCAGAGGCUAUGAUGGCUGCCCCCCCGCAAGCCUGCCCCAUGCACAAAGAAGCUCCGCCUGUCACAGUGUCUCCACCUCCGGGUUGCCCCAUGCAUCAAGCUCAACCUGUCACAGCGUCUCCUCCGCCCGAGUGUCCGAUGCACAAAGCAGAAGCAGGUCCCGCCCACCAGGAGCGGGCCUAUGAGUUUGUGGAGUGUCCCAUGAAAGCUCCAGCAGACAUGAAAAGUGACAUCGACCCAGCAAAUAUGAUGCCUCCUCCGAACCAAACACCAGCUCCGGACCAGCCCUUUGACCUUUCAAUCUCGAGACAGGAGUCCAACAUUCCCCGUCACGGUGCAGAGAAGAACUGGGUUUACCCAUCUGAACAGAUGUUCUGGAAUGCCAUGCUGCGAAAGGGUUGGCGUUGGCGUGAGGACGACCUCGCUCCUGUUGACAUGAACAACAUCAUUAAAAUCCACAACCGAAACAAUGAGCAGGCCUGGGAAGAGAUCCUGAGAUGGGAGGCCAUGCAUGCAAUUGAAUGUCCAUGUGGGCCGACCCUGAAGAGGUUUGGUGGGAAAGCCAAAGAGUACUCUCCCAGAGCUCGCCUCCGCCACUGGAUGGGCUACGAGCUGCCUUUUGACCGCCAUGACUGGAUUGUUGACCGCUGUGGGAAGGAGGUGCGCUAUGUCAUCGACUACUAUGAUGGGGAAGUCAACAAAGAAAACUACCAGUUCUCAAUCCUGGAUGUUCGCCCCGCCUAUGACUCUUUAGGUGCCGUCUGGGACCGCAUGAAGGUGGCCUGGUGGCGCUGGACCUCCUAAAGAACUACACACACACAAAGACUUUGAAUAUGGGUUUCCUCAUUUAAGCUCUGUCCAACAUGUGUGGUGCUGUGAAAAGAAAGACCUGAUAGUUUUUGUAGAAGCUCACUCAGUUUGUCCUACAUACAUGAAGCUUUGUCUGUUAAUCAUAUUGAUUUUAUGUGGAGAAUACAACAACACCCUUGUGCUGCAGUUCACACUUCUUUAAAACAGCAUCGAUGGAAGGAGGUGCUUGUCAAACAGGUCCCAUGAUGCUUCACACUGCUUCUGAGAAUCUGUUCUGUUUGCUCUCAAUUCAAAUGUCACCACAGAAAGAGCUUACUUAGAUUUUAACUAAAAACGUACCGAAUGAAGUUAAUCAUAGGAGAUCUGCUUAGUCUGUGGAAACAGUUUAAUAUCCUCUGUGACUCUGGAGGAGCUUUAUCAAGGCUGAGAAAAUAAGAUUUAUCACAAACAAAGAAACCAGAAAUUUCAAUCCCACUGCGUUUUCAAAUUCACAGCAUAGGAAUUUGAUUUUAAAAGUUUAUAUUCAUUUAAAAUUAAUUCCUUACAGUAGGCAGGCAAAUUGUCGUCUUUGCAAAAAAGUUCCUCUAUUGGGGCAGAUGGAGAGUCUCACUUUGAGACGACAUUGUCAACCACAAUUUCCUCUUGAUGGAAAUGUUGUAAAAAAUGUAUUAACAGAAUGUACAUGCAGAUCCCAUAUGCUUAUAUUUUUAUUCUUGCAGAAAAGGUCCUCAAAUGCACCUCAUAGAUGGCAGUAGCUUGUUUAGGGGUUAACUUAGCAGUCUACUGACCAGUUCAUAUACUGUAUUUUUAUGUUCUUGUAGUGUUCAAAUCAUAUAUUACUUUCCUAUUUCACAAAAAGGGAUUAAAGCUAAAAAUAGCUCAAUUGAACAGGAUCUCAUCUCAGAUGUAUCACAUUUGAAUGGCUCUGUCCUUCAGACAUGUUUCUGCCCAUUCAAAAAAUGGUGUGAGGCAUUGUUACCAACUAUUUACAAGAUAUUAAAAAACACAAGCUUCUGUGAUGUCACCACAUUAGCAGAGUCACUUAGUGACAUCCAUGUGGGGGGGGGGGUAGGUUUAACAGUGCACCUCCUGGAGUCCAGAGCAACACACCUGCCAAGUCUGAUGUUGAUCGUAUGAACGGUUAUUGAGGUUGUCUGGAGUUAAGAGCUGAAUUUUAGUGCAACAUUAUCUGCAAUUUCUACAGUGCUGUCCGAAUUCUACAGAAGAGGAUUAGGGCCACUUGAAAACUUUCUUUGGAAAGAAUUCAGAGAAUUCAUUCAUAAUUAUUUUCUUCCUGAAGAAUAUUUCUUGUGGCGCUGAUCCUCUAAUAGAAUUCCCUGUCUCAGCUCUGGUGUCUCAUUUUGUUGUGCUGAUAUUCAUAUUUUUAUUUAUUGUUAGAUAAAUACGUAUAGAUUUGUGUGUGCAGAAUCUUGAGGUUUCUGUUCCCAGAAAAUGUUAUUGUUCUGGUGGUCAACUAUAAAUAAAGCUGGUUUUCCUCCUAAAUGA